AUGAUUCGCGAAAGUGAUGUCCAAAUUGGUAAAUUUAUAAUUUCUUAUAAAGUGCCUUUGAAUAGGACUGCUGUGGCAAAAAGCCAAGAUAAUGCUUUGAAAAAUAAUAAUCAAACGUUAUUUUUAAACUAAAUUUCAUAAUUCAAAUAAACGCAGAGAAAAAAAUCAAUUACUCUUCAAUUUCAUUAAAGAGCAUAGUGA